GGUCUUGGUAAACCAUUACCACCAGCACCUGGUAACACAGUGGAUAAUAAAAGAGGAUGAAGUAGAAGAUUCCAAGAAGAGUGGCAUUAUUAGAGAAACCCAAACAAAAUAUUUUGGAGCAGCAGAAGACAACACAGCAGAGCAGGAUGUUGUGACCAGGUGUGUGCCAGCCAUGUACGUGAGCCCGCUCCUGGACAAGGACGGCAGCAUGUACCCAGGCUCUGCCCGGGCUGCCAACACCCUGCCAGGGCAGGGCUUCGUGUCCGCACCCCCCUACCCCGAGUACAUGGGAUACCACCCCGUGCCAGCCCUGGACACCCACGGGCAGCCGCCGGGGCCCUGGGGCUCCCACUAUGGCCCGCAGAGGGAGGACUGGAACGCGUACGGGCCGGGCCCCUCCGGCGCGGGCACUGCCCAGCUCAGCGCCCCGUCCCCCGCCCCGGGCUCCUACAGCCCCGCCGAGUACAGCUCCCUGCAGCCCGGGGCCGGGGGGGCUCCUCCCGCAGAGCCCGGCAGUGCCCAGCACUGCUCCCCCAGCAGCCACAGGCACAGCUCCUACGAGUGGAUGAGGAAAACCGUGCAAGCCAACACCACUGGUAAAACAAGAACAAAAGAAAAGUACCGAGUUGUUUACACAGACCAUCAGAGACUGGAAUUAGAGAAGGAAUUUCACUGCAACAGAUACAUCACAAUCAGGAGAAAGUCAGAACUGGCAGCAAACCUGGGACUAUCCGAAAGACAGGUGAAGAUCUGGUUCCAGAACCGGCGGGCGAAGGAAAGGAAGCUGCUCAAGAAGAAGAUCUCGCAGUUUGAUGGCAGCGGGGGCUCAGCCCAGAGCGACUCGGGGUCACUGAGCCCCACCGAACUGUCCAGCUCCCUGUUCCCACCUCCCCACGCCAUCAGUGGAUUACAGCCCAGUGACAUUCACCAGGUCAUGGUUUCAGAAUGAACAGAGGAAAAAAAAAAACAGGAAAAAAGAGAAGGCAGGAAUGGAUUUCCCCACCUUUAAAACUCACUUAUGCAAAGGACCCUUCUCAUUUCACUGCCUCUAGAGAGCUGAUUUCUGAGCACGGGAUCUGGGACUGUUGUCAAAGUAUUUUAAUUGUUGCACAAAUCUCAGGGAACUUGUGCUGCUAAGAUUCAUCUCUCAAUAUCUUUGAACAGCAGGUAAUUUGCUUCAGACACUGACACAAAGAAUGAGACAACAAAGGUUCAAGUAAAUGUAGUUCUAGUCUGAUCACAUAUACCCACAGAGAACUAAGGGGACUGAUUAUAAAACAGAGUAUUAUUGCAGAAAAUAUAAGAAGCUGGGUGUGUUUGUGUUGUUACAUUUAUAUAAUUAGAGUAAACAGUAGAUGUUAAUAAAUAUUUACACUUACAUGUAUUGAAAAGAAUGCUACUUUCUGAAAACAACAAAAACAUUCAAAACACAUUUAAAUACUCAAGAAAAAUAAUAAUGUCGCUACACCAACACAUUGCAUUUAAUUAAAUAACACAAAUCAUCUUUGCCCUAUGGCAUUGUAUUCAAGGAUGCAAUAGUUACAGAUACCUAAUACACUACACCUGCCAAGAUCUGUUCCACUGUAGGAAAUUAAGCCAUUUCUCAUGGACAUUAGGAAAUGCCAAAUAAUUUGGAAGAUAAGCAUUAUUUCAAUCUUCAAGGACUGCAUAUACUGCUGCUCAAAAAUAUGAGCAAAAAUGUAAUGGCAACAGGACUGUUACUACCACCAAACCCCCAAAAAGCAAAUAAAGAAUUUGCUUAAUGUCUCUAAACAUUUUAAGCUAAAUACUAGCAGUCUUAGGCCACUGACUUUAUAUAUGACACUUAUUUUGGGCAAGAAAUACCCCCAAGUAGCUGACAGUGUUAUUUUGAAGUUGUCACCUGCAGCUCAGCAUUCCCAAAGUGCAGGAAUGUCACCAAAGAAAUGCUCCCUUCAUGGGCACUCCUGAAAGAGCACAAAUUAAGGAUAAACAUGCUCAUGGUGUGGUUUGCUUUAAUUGUCAGUCCAUGUUGGCAGGUGAGAAGGCAGCAAUGAUAUCUAGAAGUCUGGGAAAAGGAGAAAGAAAACCCAAAGCACUAAAAAAAAACCCAAACCCCACACAGUAGUACUGUUCAUUGGAAUUUCAUAGUGGGAGCUUUUUGAUGGCACACAAGUUAAGUGCUCUAUUGGAAAAAUUUAAUAGUUCUUC